AUGGUCAAGGGGAUGGUGAAAGAUGGUGCAGUCAAGGGGAUGGUGAAAGAUGGUGCAGUCAAGGGGAUGGUGAGAGAUGGUGCAGUCAAGGGGAUGGUGAAAGAUGGUGCAGUCAAGGGGAUGGUGAAAGAUGGUGCAGUCAAGGGGAUGGUGAAAGAUGGUGCAGUCAAGGGGAUGGUGAAAGAUGGUGCAGUCAAGGGGAUGGUGAAAGAUGGUGCAGUCAAGGGGAUGGUGAAAGAUGGUGCAGUCAAGGGGAUGGUGAAAGAUGGUGCAGUCAAGGGGAUGGUGAAAGAUGGUGCAGUCAAGGGGAUGGUGAAAGAUGGUGCAGUCAAGGGGAUGGUGAAAGAUGGUGCAGUCAAGGGGAUGGUGAAAGAUGGUGCAGUCAAGAGGAUGGUGAAAGAUGGUGCAGUCAAGGGGAUGGUGAAAGAUGGUGCAGUCAAGGGGAUGGUGAAAGAUGGUGCAGUCAAGGGGAUGGUGAAAGAUGGUGCAGUCAAGGGGAUGGUGAAAGAUGGUGCAGUCAAGGGGAUGGGGAAAGAUGGUGCAGUCAAGGGGAUGGUGAAAGAUGGUGCAGUCAAGGGGAUGGUGAAAGAUGGUGCAGUCAAGGGGAUGGGGAAAGAUGGUGCAGUCAAGGGGAUGGUGAAAGAUGGUGCACUCAAGGGGAUGGUGAAAGAUGGUGCAGUCAAGGGGAUGGUGAAAGAUGGUGCAGUCAAGGGGAUGGUGAAAGAUGGUGCAGUCAAGGGGAUGGUGAAAGAUGGUGCAGUCAAGAGGAUGGUGAAAGAUGGUGCAGUCAAGGGGAUGGUGAAAGAUGGUGCAGACAAGGGGAUGGUGAAAGAUGGUGCAGUCAAGGGGAUGGUGAAAGAUGGUGCAGUCAAGGGGAUGGUGAAAGUUGGUGCAGUCAAGGGGAUGGGGAAAGAUGGUGCAGUCAAGGGGAUGGUGAAAGAUGGUGCAGUCAAGGGGAUGGUGAAAGAUGGUGCAGUCAAGGGGAUGGUCAAAGAUGGUGCAGUCAGGGGGAUGGUGAAAGAUGGUGCAGUCAAGGGGAUGGUGAAAGAUGGUGCAGUCAAGGAGAUGGUGAAAGAUGGUGCAGUCAAGGGGAUGGUGAAAGAUGGUGCAGUCAAGGGGAUGGUGAAAGAUGGUGCAGUCAAGGGGGUGCAGUACUAA